UUUUUUGAUUUGUAUGUACUGCAUAAACCCCUAAAACGUUUAAACCCUUCACCACUCCGCCGUUGUUUCCUUUCAUUCCACAAUCCACCAAAACCUCUUCAAUCAGAGAAAUCACUCCAUCGAAAAAAAUGGAAGAAGAGCACGCAGAUUCCUUCAACGACGCAUCCGACCUCUGCCAGCAGCUCAUGGACCGUUACGCCAAAUCCCCCGCUCCGCACCAUCGCCACCUCCUCGCCGCUGCGGCCGCUCUCCGCUCCAAUCUCUCCUCCGAAUCCCUCCCUCUCACACCUCCCGCCUAUUUCGCUGCCGCGAUAUCCACCGCCUCGUCGUCGGAGUCUCUAGACUCCGUAUCGCUGUCCUCGCUUGCUUCCUUUAUGGCAAUCGCGCUUCCGCUUGUGCCGACUGGGGCUAUCUCUACGGAGAAGGCGAGGGAGGCGGCGGAGAUUGUGGGGAUGUUGCUGGUGAGGGAAGAGGAGGGUUUGGUUGUUUCUAGCUUGAGAGCUGCGGUGAAGUGUGUUGGGGUUUUGCUAGGGUUUUGUGAUUUGGAGGAUUGGGAUUCUGUUAAAUUAGGGUUUCAAACUUUGCUUAAAUUCUCCAUUGAUAAACGCCCUAAGGUUCGAAGAUGUGCUCUAGAGUCUCUCGAGAAGUUUUUUAGGUCUCUUAAAUCUUCCACUGUUAUCAAGGAAGCUAGCAAGUUAGUUUUGUCUGAGCUAAAGAGGUGCAUUGAUUUGACAAUGAAAGUAACUGCUUCGAGGACUGUUAAUGAAUGUAAAGAUAACGGGACUUCAAAACCCGAGCACCUGGAAGUCCUACAUGUACUAAAUGUAGUUAAUCUCGUUGCUCCUAAUCUUUAUCCUAAAGUUGUUCCUAAAGUUCUUUCAGAAGUGCAUAAAUUAUUUGGUUCUCAAGUCUCGGCACUUACAAGGCAUGUUCUUAAAACCAUAGAAGCUAUUUUUGAAACUUCAAGAAUCCGAAGUAUAGUCCUGGAGAUAGAGAACAUUGUAGUUUCUCUUGCUUCUUAUGUAUCUUUGGGUGAUAAGAACCCACUGGAUACUGUGAUUGUUGGAGCAACCAUAUUAAGACUUGCAAUGGACUUACUUUAUAUUGGACAACCAAGCUUGUGGGUCAAGAACCUUCCUCUAGUUUGUCAACCUAUGAUGGGGCUUCUAACUUCUGAGGGAAACACUGCAUCACAGGCAUCAAGUAUCUUGAAUGAUGUGCUCAAGCAUCGUAUUGGUUCCCAAAGCUUAUUAAUUAGUACCGAUCAAACAGUUCAUGAUGAUAGUCAGCUAAGUUUGGAAGGUGAUGCUAUAAAAUCAACAUGUGCAGUUUUUGAGAACACCCUCUCUGUUACUGAUGGGCUCCCAAAUGAGCAUCUUUUGUCAGUCAUAUCUGUUUUGUUUCAUGAGCUUGGAGAAUUCUCAUCUGUAUCUAUGAGGAAUAUUGUGCUUAAACUUGCUGACCUGAUGAUUCAGACUUCCGAUAGCAAGGCUAAUAAUGAGCAUCUUCAGAAAUGCAUCGGGUCUGCCGUUUUUGCUAUGGGACCAGAGAAAUUUCUCAUACUUGUACCUAUCUCUCUUGAUGAACACAGCUAUACUUAUUCAAAUAUUUGGCUAGUACCGAUCUUGAAGCAGUACAUUACUGGAGCAUCACUUGCUUUCUACAUGGAGCAUAUCGUGCCUCUUGCAAAGUCCUUUAAGAAGGCUAGUCGUAAAGUCAAAAAGUCAAAGGUCAGUCAAGAUCUGCUCGUUCGUGCCCAAGAAUUAUGGGGAUUACUUCCCAGCUUUUGUCGUCAUGCAACUGAUACAUACAAAAGUUUUGCUCGUCUAAGUGAUGUGCUGACUACUUUUCUUAAAAAGAACCUCUCCAUGCAUGAAAAUGUUUCCACGGCACUACAGAUUCUUGUGAACGAGAAUAAAGCUGUACUUAACCCUAAAAAGGAGGAGACAGAAUGUGAUGCAGAACAGGAUUCUUCAUUAGAAUUCAGCAUGCUACCUGCUUAUUCAAAGAAAGCUGCCACCAGAAAUAUGAAGGCCUUGGAAUCUUAUUCGAGUCAAUUGCUUCAUAUUUUAUCAGAUUUAUUUAUAAGUUCACCUCCUCAAACACGCAUUUCAUUAAAGGGUGCAAUCAGCUGCCUAGCUUCGAUAACUAAUUCUUCUGUAACCAAAGAAGUUUUUGUGUCUCUGCUCAAGAGGUUUGAGCUUGUAGAUUGUGAAGGUGAAGGUGAAGGUGAAGUAUUGACUAGUAACAGCAGUGUGUUGGACAUUGAGCCAAGUGAUGAGACGGGAUGUUCUCAAAGGUGCUCGAUAUUGGAGAUAUCAUCUUGUCUUGUCAAAGGAGCCAAUGAUAAUCUUGUUGAGAUAAUUUAUAAUUUAACAAUACAUUCCUUUCAGGCAACUAAUGAAAGUGUUCAUUAUGAAGCAUACAACACUUUGAGCAAAAUUUUGAAGGAGCACCCUUGCUAUUCUUCUAAAUAUAUGGAGCUAAUUGAUUUAUUACUUAGUAUAAAACCUCCAACUGAUGUUGCUUCUCUUAGAAACCGGUUUGUUUGUUUCCACACGCUGAUGAUUCACAUUGUGAAGAUUAGUUUCGAAGAGGAUGUGAACUCAAAGGCUUUUCUUAUUCUGAAUGAAAUCAUUCUCACAUUAAAAGAUGGAAAGGAUGAAGCUAGGAAAGAAGCUUGUGAUUUACUCUUAAAUAUAAGUUCUAGCUUGAGAGAUUUAUCCUGUGUUGGUCCUACUGAACCGUAUCACAAACUAGUUAGCAUGAUAAUGGGAUAUCUUUCUGGUUCAUCUCCCCAUAUAAAAAGUGGAGCAGUGUCUGCACUGUCAGUAUUGGUAUAUAAGGAUGCAAACCUUUGUGCCUCCAUUCCUGAUCUCGUCCCUUCUCUUCUAUCGUUGCUGCACACCAAAGAUACAGAAAUCAUAAAAGCUGUCUUGGGCUUUUUUAAAGUGAUGGUGUCUUGCUUAGAAGCAAGAGAGUUGCAGAAUAUUCUCUCAGAUGUUGUCUCUGAAAUCAUCCGUUGGUCGUCUGUUUCAAGACAUCAUUUUAAAACGAAGGUCACAGUCAUAUUUGAAAUAUUAAUUCGGAAGUGUGGUUCUGCUGCUGUCAGAGUGGUUACCCCAGAGAAGUACAUGGAUUUUCUCAAGACAGUUUUAGAGAAUCGACAUGGAAAAUCAAAUGAAGCAGCUGCUAAUGAUACAGAAAAUGAAGUUUCAGCUGCCAAGGGGCUGGAGCGGAGGAAACCUGAUAUUUUGAACACCCAAGAGAAAGACUCGUUUCAACAAAGAAAGAGAAAGGGGAAAUUUGAGAGAGACAUGUCAAGCAAAACUGAACCAACUAAGUUUAGGAGCAAUGAUGAAUUUAGAUCAGCCAAGAGAAGUAGGCAUUCUAAUGAUACAAAUUCUAAUUUAAGGUCAGAAGGAAGUAUGAAGGGCAAUAAAAGCCAAUUCAAAAGUUUCCCUCACGGUGAUGGGAAGAGAAGGGGCAAAGCUCCUAAUGUACGGAUAGGAGCUUCCAAAUCAAACAAGUUCAAAAGAAAGUAGUAGAUACUGGAGCUGCGCAACACUAAAGGUGGUAAAACAGUUGAUAAAAGUGUGGCAUAUAUUUAUGCUGUGUUGGUAUUGAGAGAAUGCUUACUGCAUGCAUAACUUAUGGGAGAAAUUCAAGAGGGUGGUGUUGUACUAUAUAGCUAUGCAUUGCCAUCUUCUAUGCAUUUGUCACUAUGUAUUGCAUGCCCUGACUGAUGUUAUAGAUAAAUAUCGUUAUUCAUGUUGAGACUCGUGGACAUUGAGUAUGCCCAAAACAAAUAUAUUACUAUUUUUCUCCUUACCAUUUUCGUUA